UUAGUAUGUUAAGUCGCACGAACUAGUAGUCACUUUUAAAAUAUAAUACACAAUUGUAAAAAAGCAUAAUACAGCUUAUAUACAUAAAAUAAAUUAAAUUAUUCAAGAUGUUGCGCAUACCAGGCAUGCCCCUUUUGCCGGGCACACUCUUUCGCGAUGUUAAUAAAGUGUACUAUCCGAAAUCGCAAUCGUUACUCAAUUUCCGAGGCAUACCCAUGCUGAGCGAUCGGCUACAGUCGACGCCCGUGGAUCCAGCUGGUGUUGUUGUCGAUAUUAGCUGUCCGCCGGCCCAAGCCCAGGCACUAUAUCCGCCACGGACGGGUCCACGGCUGCCGCCGUGGCUGGCCUACGACAAGAAGGUGCUCAGCUUUAAGGCGUACUUCAAGCAAACGCUGCAGGAGAACUUCCAUGCCCCCUAUAUGGUGCGCAACGUGAACAUCUAUUACUAUCUGGAGGAUGGCACGCUCGAUAUACACGAACCCAAGGUGGAAAAUUCGGGUAUUGUACAGGGUUGUGUGCUGCAUCGCCAGCGGGUGCCAAAGCCCCCGCCAUGUGACAAUGAAUUUAUCUCCAUUGUCGAUCUGAAUGUGGACAAGACGGUGCAGAUAUUUGAUCGCAACUAUCACAUCUACGAUUGUGAUCAAUUCACGCGCAGAUUCCUCAACAAGCACGGCAUUGUGGUGUCCGAUCCAGUGUCACCGGCCAUUGACCCUGCGGAAGCUGUACGCAAGCGGGGACAGGCAAGGGCCAGUGCACCACCCGAGAAACGUCAUCCGUUUGCGCAGUUCCUGAAGUACGACCGUCAGAUAUUGAAAUUCCAGGCCUACUGGGAUGAUCGCACUGACAUGGGGGAUGUGCGCAAGCUGGAGAUUUGCUACUACCUCGCCGAUGAUACCAUCGAGGUGAAGGAGGCUCACAUACGUAACUCCGGUCGGGAUGGGCCUAGCACGUUCCUCAAGCGUGGACGUUUGCAGCGGGAAUUCGAUGGCAUGUUUCUGCCGGGUCAACAGACGCCGGUGACGCUCUUGAAUGUACUGGGAUCGUCGCGCAAUGUGCGCUACUGUGUCGAUCCCCUCAAUUUGGGCAACAAGGAGAUACUAUAUUACAGUCAGCGGGAUCUGCAAAUAGGCAGCGUACUCAAUAUCUACGGACGUGCUGUGGUCAUCACGGACAUGGAUCCAUUUACGCGGCAAUACUAUCGCGAUCACUAUGGCAUCGAGCAGUUUACGCCAUUGCCACAGCCAACGAGAUCGGACGUUUGUGCGCCGUACGACAAAUCGGGUCGCAUGUUACCGCCCUACAAUGGCUGGGGCAGCUACGAAGAUUCCGCCGGCAAUUGCAUGUCGAUUGUGAUAAAACGUCCCAAAACGGACUUUAGGAAAUUCAUCAAAUUCGAUCGUUAUGUGCUGCGCUUUGGGGCCAAAAUGUUGUCCACCAUACGCGAGAAUUGCGAACGCAUCUUUGUCAUCAGCUAUUUCCUUAGCGAUGACACCAUGCAGGUGCAGGAGGUGGCGGUCCGCAAUUCGGGUUUCCUUGGCGGUGAGUUCAUGAAGCGCACUCGCGUUUUAAUACCCGGCCAGGAGAAAUUCUCGUGCAAGCAGCCGUUGUAUUAUCGGCCAUGUAAUUUCUAUAUUGGCGGCACCAUGUCCAUCAAGGAUUUCAUCUUUCAUCUGGUAUCGGCCGAUGAGUUUACGCUCAUGUACAUGGAACAUCAUCCCGAUCAGUUUGCACACACCAACAUCGAUCUGAUACUGGAGAAAGUGCGCAAGGUGCUCGAGACACGGAUGUCGGACUUUGUGUCCAGCUGUGUGCCCGAGUGCACUGAUCUCGACCAGAAGUUGGAACAGCGUGCCAUCUUCAUAUCCUUCGAGAGUCUCAAGGGUGCUCUGGUCGCACUCAUGGGUACAACGAUCAGUGAUCACGAGAUUAUCACAAUUUGCCGGCACUUUUCCGGUGAACAGGCGCCACCGAAUGCUUGUUCGCGGGAUAAAGUUCGAGCUGCCGCUCAUCUGGAGAUCAAACGUUCGCUGUGGAACGGUCGAGAGGAGCUGAUGGAGCAUUUCCAUCACAUUAAUCCCACGAAUAAACCAUUUAUGCCCGAGUCACAGGUGCGAUCGACGCUGCGAGGUUUUCGUAUGCCAUUCACGUUGGAACUGAUCGAUAACAUUUUGUCGGUUCUGAAUCGCAACGAUUGCGAUGACAUUGAGGUCUGUGAUCUGAUGAACUUUAUCGAUGUCUCGUGCUUCAAGGGCUGCGAUAUGCCGCCCAUCAAUUACGCCUUCGAGCUGUGCCCCAAGUUACCCUUCCAGUACAAGGGACGUGUCAUUGAUUUCGGUUGUCUCCUGAAGGCUCUCAAUUUGCCCAUCAACAUAGCGACAACGCCAGUGCAACCCGCUAUUGUGACGGGAGAUGCUAGGAUAUUGCCACCCAACGAGUCAGACAACUGUUGAAUGAUCCUCCUCGUUCUCCGUCCACUGCUUCGUGGCAUUUUAAAUUUUGUUUUGCAUUUUAACGCUGUUUGUAAACGUUCCGUAGUUAGAUCGAAAUUUCUUGUACCAAGAUAACGUUGUAGAACACACUCCACUCAAGAUUUAAGAUAACGACGAUUACCAACACAAGAAAUGGCAUCUAUAUUCAGUAGACUUUUCAUAAGAAACAACAAAAUCAUCUCAUCGUGUUUUAAAAAUAAAUUACUAUUAA